AUGCAGCAGCAGCUGCAGCAGCUGAAAGCUAACUUGCUGCUUCCGCAGUGCUCGCCGCACUACCCAGGGAUAUUUUCUGUCCCUUUCACUCUAACUUCGCGCCGACAAGCGGCAGCAGCAAUAAGUGAAAGUAAUAAGAAGGCUAGCAACAAGCCGGAACAGCAAGCGGCAGGACCAGAUAGCACCACCAAGCAGCAGCAGCGUGCAGGAGCAGCAAGAAGAAGUGCCGAGCAGCAGGAACUUGAAGCAAGCAGUAGCACCAAGCAGUUGUACCAAGCAAAAUCACCAAGCAGCAGCACGAAGCAACAGCAUCAGGCCGCAAGGCAAAGCAGCACCAGCAAGAAGCAGCCACGAGCAGCAACAAUAAACAGUAGCACCGAGCAGAACCACGCCGCAGCAACAAAAAGUAGCAGCAAAAAGCAGCAACAGCAAGCAGCAGCAAAGAGCAGCAGCAACAAGGAACAGCAGCAAGCAGCAGCAGGCAGCAAGGAGCACCAGAAGCGAGCAACCACUGUACAACAGUUCGUUUGUCUACUUCCUUAG